AUGACGACCCAGUGCUCUUCCGAGCUUUGUAUGCUCUUGAUCGAGGAUAACUUUGGAGAAUUAUUCGCACGCAUUUUCACCGUCCUCCAGCGCUAUGAACGACUCACGCUUCCUCGGUUAAAGUUCUAUUCGCGACUGACUGAUCGCCAAUUGAAUAAUGGAAUCUCUGCUAUGAUCCAGCACCACCUCGUUUACCACUUUACCUCCGUCGAGGAGAAUAACACCUACUAUGAAGCCAAUCCGCAAGCUGCAUACUACCUAGUGCGCUCGGGAAAGAUUCUCCAACAUGUGGAUAAUCGAUUGGGAGAAUAUGCUGCCAAGGUAAUGGAAGCGAUUAUGUUCCUCGGUCACACUUCGAUCACUCACCUCGAAACUCUUCCCCAACUUCAACCGAACCAACCCCUCACUAAUGGAGUCAACUAUGACGAAGAACGGCCAGAGACAAAUGGGGAGACAAAUGGGGAUCAUGAAGAAGAGGCCAGUGAAACCAAUGGCGACCACGCCGUAAGCCAAAAACCUGCGCGUCUUCACCCCACACUGAAGAGCCUUGCAUCCCACGGAUACAUUCAUCGAGUGCGGGAAGGACACUUCCAAAGCCCCAAUGAUAACUGGCUUGAUUGCAAUCGGAUAGUUUCUAGCCGGCCAGACGUCAAGGCAAUGAAAGGCAAGCAACAGCAGGCCGAGAUUGAAGAGAAAUCAAAGAACAUGGUUAAGGAACGAACGGAAGGAGAUCUUUCCCGCGGUCUCAUGUUCAAUGGUCUCCCCCAAGGCGUGAAAAGGAUGUUUGGAGGUGCUUCAGGCUCGACCAACGCGCAGAAAGGUACCAACGAUGUCAACGGGGAUCAUGCAGAGGAUGAGGAAGACGAGGGGAAUGAUUGGUCAGAGGACGAAGAUGGCAUUGACUCCGCUCCAAUGGAUUCUAACCUCAUCGUUCGAGUGAACUACGAAAAACUUGAUGUGGCUCUUCGGAAUACGCAAAUUCUUGAACUUGCUAGACAAUGUGCACCUCCUGUGUCACUCGAAAUCUAUGAUUGUCUUCUUCGUCGUAUUGAAUACCAAACGCCCCGCUGCCGAGACACCUACGAAAUCCCUCGCGAGGGAGAGGAAGGAGAACAAUAUUCUGCUCCCAUUCAGCUAAGUGCCAUUGUCAACGAUGUUGAUCCGAACCUCGACCUCACGGGAUGCAUUGGGCCAAUGAAUCCUACACCUACCUCGAACCGAAGGAAACGACCAUUAGACGAUGGGACAAACGGCGUCAAUGGCGACGACCACGAAGACGAGUCAACAGAGGUGAACCGUGCCUAUCAGAUUGAUCAACACCUAAGCUACCUCUCACAAGCUCCCUUCAACCUUACCACAAAACACAACAUCGGUGGACUCGAUACCUGGAGAAUCGCAUUCCGUGGCAUUGCUCGCAAGCUGCGUCAUUUAGAAUUGGAGCGAAUGAUCGAGUCGCGGUACGGCGAUGUCGCACUGCGUGUGAUCCGCGUUCUCCACGCAAAGGGUAGGUUAGAUGAGAAGCGACUUCAGGAGAUCAGUCUGCUACCCUUCAAGGAUCUGCGUCAGACCCUUGCCAGCAUGCAAACUGGCGGUUUCGUGGACUUGCAAGAAGUGCCGCGUGAUGCGCAGCGUCAGCCCUCGAAGACCAUCUAUUUGUGGUAUUACGACCCAGAUCGAGUCUGCAGCAGCAUUUUGGAAGACACAUACAAGGCCAUGUCACGAUGUUUGCAGCGCAUCAAGUUUGAACGCGAGCGCGAGAAGGAUUUCCUCGAGAAGACCGAGCGAACUGAUGUCAAGGGACACGAGGAGGAGUUCCUGUCAGAAGCUGAGCUGGAGCAUCUGCGCAACUGGAAGGCCAAAGAAGCCCUGCUACUGGCGGAAGUGUCUCGUUUGGAUGACAUGGUGGCCGUCUUCCGUGAUUACUGA